CCGCCAUGGCUCUCGACUCGGCCGGCCGCUGCCGGGGCGGCAUCGGGAGAAAGAGCUAGGCCCCUUUCCACAAGAACAUUGAUACAAGUAACGCCCAUCCGAACUUUGCAGAAAACUCUCCCGCAGUAUGAUAUGGAACGGGUCAACCACGAACUUUCGAGUAACAAGCUCUCUCUUCUUCCUGCCUGCCUUUUCUCGCUCGCUUGCCAAACCACACUUCUAUCUACCAAACUCGACGUCAAGCCAAGGUCAGCUACAGCCUCGUAACGACAUACUUGAAUCCUCACACCAGGCAAUAUAAUACCCUCGCCAACAAGAUGGGUUUGCGAAUCAGUUUCCGGAGGCCUACAGCACCAAGCGGCCGCCCUAGCUCCAUUGACAAGCCAACCGAGCCAAGCACCAAGUCCUCGCUCGCCAGAACCCCCGUGAAGCGAGCAGGAGACGGGCACCCGGCGGCGCGGUCGCGCUCCACGGGCGAUGUCGACGACCAAAGAAGCAGCAGCGGCGGCGGUACGACUCGCCUAGAGCGAAUCUGGGAGGCCGAGGACUUUGUCCGCCAGUUUGUCCUCGACGGCUGGGGCCAGUACGUGCUCGAUCAAGCCACGAUCCAGUGCGAAAUGACGCUGCGCCAGCUGCGCCGCGUUGGCCGGAUGCAGCAGACGGAAGGCGUGCGCGCCUGCCGGCGCCUGGUCCGCGUCCCCGUCCUGUGCGAUGAGGUGGCCUACCGGCUGUGGGCGAACCUGGGCGAGGCGGAGGAGGUAUGGGACGAGGAAGAAGAAGGAGGAGACGAAGAAGAUGAGGCGGACACGGUAGUCAUGGGAGACGAAUCGCCACGACGGCCAGAACAUGACAUGGUCAGCAAAAAGUACACACUAGUCACCAUCUGGCGGACUCUUUGGCCGGCGGCACAGCCCGCGGCGGCCGUCUACACGCGAUGCUGGAACUGCGGCGGGCUGUGCAAGCGACUGGACGGCGCCGCCGAGGAGGGCGAGUCAGAAGCCGGCCCGAGAACGCUGUUCCGCUGCAUGGAGUGCUCGCGCGUGAUCGAGGCGCAGCUCGAGGCGACCUCGUCCGACGAGAGCGAGGACGACGACGGCGACGGCGAGAGGGACUGCGAGCUCAAGAACUACAAGCUGUCGAGGCGCAUAUCGAGGGCGCUGAGGAGGCGCGACAUGGCCAGGAGCGCCAGCAGGUCCCUCGCGUCGGGCGAUGAGGACGCCUGUAGGCCGCGCCGCGCGUCGUCGCUAGUCUCGUCCGGGGCGUCGAUAGCGAGCUCGCUGCACACUGUGGUCUCAACUGUCACGGAGAGUCUCGCCAACGGCUACGGCAUAUGAUGCCGGUCUAGCAGCCAAAGCCAAUGUGUUGGGAGCAGCAUCUGGAACAUGCUCCUCUUGGCGCAUGCGGGCGCCCUCGUGAAAGCCAACCCAGCUCCGUAGGCCUCUCAGGACUAUGAUAGCGAGAGACCGGAGCCGAAUUGGUGGCAUUAUUGAGGAGGCCGGUGCUGCUACUGAGAAACCCCAACCCAGGGCGGCGCCCGAGCCACCCGUCGCGCCCACCUAGUCCAACGCCGGAAGGAGAUGUGGGCAGCUCAGGCGGCAGGCAUACGAGAUCGGUUCAGAGCCCUUCAACAACCAAGGCUAGGACAAAGCCCACAAUGCACCAAGUACUUUGGUCCUGUCCGAGGGGAUACACAGAGAACUAUUGGGUGUGCGGGGGACAACGGGUUCUGGAAGGAGGAUCACAUAGCAUCUCGGGAAUGGUCAUAUCACAUAGGUGCAAGAUACCACGUUGAACACGGGUCAACCCUCGAUGACGAGGGGCCCUGAUGAAAUUUGAUAAACACAACCCAUAGAAUAAAUCUCUACCAAGCAAACAAG